AAAUAGCGAAAUGAAAUAAGUUUUAGCGAAGGGGUUGCUAAUGCAAUCAAAUGGUGAUGGUGAUGUGGUGCAGCCAGUGAACAAGUGGCAAUUUCCGCAUAUUGUUUCGUACGCUGGGAGUGCGGGUGCAGCAUUCGAUUGUUCUGUUGAUAGUGAUGCUGUUUUCCACGAGAUUGUUAUGAAUCGCAAUCUAGCAACGGAUUAAGGCCGUGCAGGGAAAGGUGAAACAAAAAAGCAAAGUGAAAUUAAAUCAAUCGAGUGUAGUACUUCGAUCUUCGAUUCAACCAAAGAUGAAACAACCAGCAGGAGGAGAAAAUGCAGGUGAUCGCAACUCCACGGCCAGCAAAGCGAACAGGCCUAGCACACUGCUAACGAACGAGGAAAAUGAUCAACUUUUUCGUCUGCUUGGACGUCGAUGUCAGACGCUUAGUACGGCAGUCGUACAGCUGUACACAACACAGUCACCGGCCCAUGCCUCCUGGGUAAAGCGAUGCACCGGUGCACUCUGCUUCAUCAAGGACAACAUCCGGAAGUCGUACUACUUUCGGCUGUACUGUCUAAAAGCGAAUCUGAUGGUAUGGGAGCAGGAGCUGUACGAAAAGAUCGAAGUGACGCAACCGAAACCGUACCUUAUUACGUUCGAGGGACAGGAUGGUAUCGUUGCGUUUAACUUUGCCACCGAAGAUGAAGCGGCUGCCGUCAUGAAUACGACGCUUACCACCAUUCACAAUCGCAACCGACGGCGCGAUGAGCGUAUCAAACGCAACAACACCCGGAAGGAUCCUCCACCAGCAAGGCCACCACCAUUGCAAAACAUCCCGGUCGGUGCAAGUGGUUCGAACAUUCCCGAUACAGAUGUAGCUGUAACCUAUCGGAAUAAGCAACCAUUUACGAGCCCUUUUUCGGGACCGGCAGCAGCACCACCACAGCAGCAGUAUCCCGGCCAGCAGCCGGCACCAAAUCUUGGCAAUGCAUUGCACCAGAAGCCGCGUAAGGUAAAGGGUAUGGGCAAGUUGCAAAAGUCCGACAUUGGGUCACCGUCGAACUUUAAGCACGUGACACAUGUUGGGUGGGAUCCGCACAGUGGUUUCGAUUUGAUUGGCGCACAGGAAUCGCUGAAACCCUUCCUCGAGAAGGCGGGCGUAGGGGACCAGCAUCUGAAAGAUCGUGAUACGUGCGCAUUUAUAUACGAUUUUAUCCAAACGAACAACGUGCUCGAUACGGUCAAGUCGGAGCAGAGCAGCGGCCGGAAGCAGAAGCCACCGGCACCACCGCCCGUACCGGUUCGUACACAUACCGAGGCACAGCCCGAAACGUUUCCUUCUCAGCCCCAAUCACAUGAACAUCACACCCAACAGCAUCCCCCUAGCGUGCCGUCCCAUCAGAAUGGUCAAACGAGAAAUCCGCCACCGCCGCCACCGCACCGUACGCUACCGCCGCUGCCACCGACCACACCGCCGAAGGUCGUUUCGAGCGGACCGCCCGCAACGCGACCACCGCCGAUGCAACCACCACCAACCCAACAUCCAUCCGUAUCCGUACCGUCCUCUACUGCACCGGCCCCUCCACCACCGCCACCACUUCCAACCGCGACCGGUCCGGUACCGCCGCCUCCACCACCGAUGAUGAUGCCAUCACUAAAACCACCGGCACCGGCCAUUCCAGGUGGGGCUGGUGGUGGUGGUGGGGACGAGGGUGGAGAUGCACGAUCAGCAUUGCUCGACAGUAUUCGCAAGGGAACAACACUUAAGAAGGUGGAUCAAAGCGCACAGCCCAGCACCGGUAGUGGAGAUAUGCGUAACGAUUUGAUGACCGAAAUACAGCAAGGAUUCCAGUUGCGCCCGGUUGCGAACCGCGAGCUGAAUGCGGUCGGCGAACGGAACAGUGGCGGAGGCGGGAGUGGUGACGUCGGUACCGAUGCACUUGCCGAUGCAUUGCGCCGUGCGCUAGCGGAACGUGGCCGUGUCAUUCGUCCAUCCGACGAAGAUGACAGUGAUUCGAAUUCCAACAACACCGACUGGGAAGAUUAAAUCGGGUUUUGGUUUUGGUUUUAAUUUUUCUUCUUUUUUUUCUUCUUUUUUUCCUACUUUGUCAGGGUUGACUAACUAAUCUGUGACUAUCGUUUAGCCCCACACGUAGAUAUCAUUGAAGGGAAGCACCGGUCAAUUUGCGUAACGCUUCGUAACGCUCCGGAGCGGGGGUUUGUCUAUUAGGUCGAGCGUUACCGAUUGUGUUUAUCAUGAUGAACUUUCUUUUAUUUUUAUAUUACUAUUCUUACGAAGUACAUCACAUUUCUACGCGUAUUGCAAUGUACAAUAUACAAGUUUGUAUAUUUGUUUUUAUUUGUUAUCGAAAUCGUAAAAAAAAUGCGAUGUGAAGAAGCGCUCAAUAUUGUAAAAGUUGAUUCGAGGGAAUGAUGAAAUUGCUUUGCAUGCGCAUUUUGAGGAAAGGAAACAAACAUUUCAGUAUCAGCCAACAAAAGCAAAGCUUUGCGAAAAAGUAACGUAUGAGUGCAGUAGGGUGUUAAGGUGUUAUUCUUCCACGUUUAUGCAAAAAACCUAAGCUGCAGCUUAUCUUGCAAAUCAUUUGUUUUUGUUGUAGUAAACGUUUUUGCAUCGAAAAAUUAUUUUACAAUGUUAUUUAAAUUUACAAUAUUACGAAAGAUAACGUAAAACACCUAAUAGAAGAAUGUAAUAGGGUAAAAGAAAAAAAAGCCAUCAUUUGCAAUGCGAGGUGGUAAUAAAUAAUUGUAUAAUUCACAAUGUA